AUGGCUUAUGAAAGUGUACCCUUAGAAGGCUUUGCAGCUGCGUUUGGCACGGAAACUGAAAUCUCUAGUGUUGCCCUUGGAGGAAAGAUAAUAGCUGUCUCGGAUGAAUUCUUCGCAAAGGCAGCCAACCUGCUGAAAGUAGAGCCUGCACCGAGUCUGAAAGGCCAAUUCGGCCCAAAUGGAGCCUUGUACAGCGGCUGGGAGACGAGACGUCAUAACCCGGCCUUUGACUGGUGCAUUAUUAAGUUCGGCGCUGCCGGUCUUGUGUCUGGGUUUGACAUAGAUACUUCCCAUUUCAAUGGUAACGAGGCACCUGAGGCAUCCGUACAGGCUCUAUUGAAUGUCAGUAAUGCGGAGCCGUCUGCUGAUGAUCCAAGGUGGACGGAGAUUCUCCCGAAAGUGUCUCUUGGACCCAAUUUGCGGCAUCUAUUCAAGAUUCACAGGACCUCAGAGGCGUAUAACUAUGUUAAGUUGAAUAUGUAUCCAGAUGGCGGAAUCGCCAGAUUCCGUGUUUACGGCAUCAUACAGGCAGUGUUCACUGAGGACUUCGACGAGAGUAUAGACCUAGCACACGUGUUUUCUGGUGGACGAGCGGUCUUCGUUUCGGAUCAGCAUUUCGGCGUUGGUUCGAACCUUUUACUGCCGGGAAGAGGCAAAGACAUGGGAGACGGCUGGGAGACAAAACGCAGUAGGAUAAAAGAUCAUAAAGAUUGGGUCAUCAUCCAACUCGGCGCCCCAGGGAUUCUCGAGAAGGCCGAGAUCGAUACGGCCCAUUUCAAGGGCAAUUUUCCUGAGAGCUGUGAGCUCCACGCACUGAACUCUAAGGAUAUUAUUCCCAAUGUUGAUGAGUCUGCAUGGACUCGCAUUCUGCAGCGUACCAAGCUUAAAGCCGAUGUCCAGCAUUAUUUCGACCUCGAAAAUGUCCAGAAUCAGAUCUACUCACAUGUGCGUGUAACGAUAUAUCCUGAUGGAGGUAUAAAGCGUGUAAGGAUUUUUGGCAUGCGUGUGGUGGAAGACAAAACUGCUGUCGAGGAUCAUCAUACGGUGCUUCCAUCAGAGGGCCAAAUCCCCAACACAGGCGUUUUGCAUGUGGUUCCUCUUUCUGCAGAGGCCUUCGCACCCUUCGGUCAUGUUGUACAAGCUUUCUCGUCCGCAGAUGCGGCACCAAAGGGCACAAAGGUUACUUCAGCAAAUCAGGGAUCGGCAUUAAAGUUCCAUAAACUUGCGCCAAUCGUAUCUUCAUAUCCUCCCGCCUUACCAGGCUCGCCAAGUGCAACAGCCGGUCUAUCUGUCUACCGCUGCUCACCCCUUGACUUUGAUUUCCGCCGGGACCACACAGAGGAAGGCCCAGGAUGGGAAGUGCGGUUGCUCGAAAGACAUCCCCAUACGAAUCAAGCAUUCAUACCUAUGGGUAUAGGAAGCGGUGAAUCCCUGAAAGAUGGAAAUGCAUUGCAGAAUCACGGCCGUGCAUACCUAGUGGUUGUCGCGUGUAAUGGAGAGGACGACAAACCAGAUCUGAUGACACUAAGGGCAUUCCUUGCUGGCGCAGGACAGUCGGUCGUAUAUGCAACUGGAAUCUGGCGUGAGCCCUACAAUCUUUUCAUGAUGGAUUUCACUUGUGUGGAAACACAGAUAGGCGAUGGGUCGGCAGCGGAUUGCGAGGUUGUUGAACUUGACGGCUCCGGAGGGUAUCCGAGAGUCAAGAUUCCGCCAUUCUAG